CCCUGAUAUGAAAUUUAUCAUUUAGUUCAAUUGUAUAAUAUAUAAUAAGUCAAUUGCAAUUGCAAAUUCAAUUGAAUAAUCAAUAUAUAUAUAUAUAAUAGUUUUCACAUAAAUUAAAAUGGGUAAAGUCUCAGUUGCUAUCAUUGGUCUCAAUGGUUUCUUAGGUAAGCCAGUAUUAGAAGCUAUUAAUUCUGGAAAAUUCGACGAUAAACUUCAAUUCCCAAUUAAGGCUUUAACCAGAAAGGAACAACCUUCUACUGACAAGAUUCAAUAUAUCACUACUGAUAUUAGUGAUGAAACUGUUAGUUCAAUUGGUGAAUCUUUAAAAGGUACUGAAGUUAUUGUUGAAUUAGUUAAAGCUGAUCCAACAUUAUUCGGAGUUAUUGAAAAAGUUGUUGCCGAAGUUAAACCUAAAUUAUUUGUUCCAUCUCAAUUUGGUACUGAUUUAAUUCAAGUUGAUGAUUAUGCUCCAGGAUUCCUUGCUCUUAAAACUCAACAUUCUGCAAAUGUUCGUAAGUUAGGAGUUAAAGUUGUUGAUGUUAUUACUUCUUUAUUUGCUGUUCCAGGAGCUUUCCUUUAUGAAAUUGUUGGGGCUGUUGGAAUUGAUCCAACUACCAAUACAAUUGUCCAAAGAGGUGAUGCAUCAUCUAAAUUUUCUAUUUCAAAGCUUGAAGAUAUUGGAUUAUCUGUUGUAUCCUUAAUUACUUUACCAAUUUCCGAGUUACCAGAUACUGUUAGAGUCCAAAGUCAAGUUAUUUCAUUCCAAGAUGUCUACGAUAGAUAUGAAAAGGAUCAUAAUGUCAAAUUAACAGUCAAAGAAAAAUACACUAAGGAAGAAGCUUUAGCUGAAUUGAAAUCCAAAUAUGCAGCUGGUUUUGAAUUCAAGGAUUUCCUUUUUUACUUACAAGCUAUUGCUGCUCAAGGUGUUGAUAAGGGAUUAUACUUUUCUGAAGUUCAUAAUGAAUUAGUCAACCCAGGUGAAAAAUACUGGAAAUGGGGAAAAUUCUAGUUAAAUAGUUAUGGUAUCUAUUUUGUGUAUGACAGUGAUUUAUAUGAAUAUUAAUUUUAUAUGAA